AUGCGUUCAUCAACCUUUUUCUUCGCCGGCCUUGUCGCCGUGGCACACGCUGCUAUUGACGCCAGCAUCAUUGCUCAGAUUCCUGCUUGCGCAACUGGUCCCUUGGUCUCUGGCAUCUCUGCUUCUGGCUGCCAAGUCACAGAUUCCGACUGUAUCUGUGGCAACCAGAAGCUCAUCUCUGACCUGCAAUCAGCCGUCAAGGCCCAAUGCAGUGAAUCCGAUCUAGCCAUUACUUCCCAGAUCUGCCCCGAAGCAGCCGCUCCAGCAGCUGACGUCGCAUCUUCUGCCUCUGACGCCGCGACCUCUGCCGCCUCGGUCGCUUCAUCCAUCUCUUCGGUCGCGGCCACCGCUGGCAUCUCCACUGAUUCUGUCAGCCCUGUCACCACUGCCCCAUCCAUGGGCACUGGCAGCGCAAUGAUCAACUACACCGCCACAACUGGCGAUUACACUCCUCCCGCACCAACCGCUACUCUCACUCCCAGCACUGGCGGUGCUGCUCAGAGUUUCGCUCUGGGCUCCAUAGUUAUGGGUAUCGGUGCUUUGGGCGUGUUCUUUGCUGGCCUCUAA